AUGGUUAUUGAAAAGGCCGUUGUUCAAGGGGACACGGUGGUUGACAGCCAGAAAUGCGAAUUUAUCAGAGUUACCGCAGCAGAGGCCCCCAGCCCUUCGUCACGAUCAUUAGCCGAGGGCACUAUACUAUAUAGCGAUGAUCUCGUUAUGCUUGUUCCAGGCCAUCCGGAUUACCCUCUGACAUGGUCGACUCGUAAAAAGGUCUGCCACACCAUGGGAUUUGGUAUUGCUGCUUUUGGUGCACUUUUUAGUGGGGCGGUUUUGACCCCUUCCAUUCCAGCCAUGAUGGACGAGUUCAAAGUUCCGCAUAUCGUUGCAGUCUUAGCCAUGUCAAUUUACUUCAUCGGCAGCUGCUUAGGACCAAUGAUCUUUGCACCGGUUAGUGAGGUUUAUGGGAGAAAAAAGGGCGUAUUUGUUCCUUAUCUUUUAUCGGCCAUGCUGAUGUGUGUGGUUGCAAAUUUGAACAAUAUGCCCGCAGUGGUUGUUUUCCGGUUCUUAUCGGGAAUUUUUGCUGCUGCACCUAUUGUUUCAUCAGGAGGAGCUUUAGCAGAUAUUUGGCCCGCACACCAACGCGCGCCGGCAAUGGCAUUAUACUCUAUGUGCAUCAUUUUUGGCAGUUCGGGUUCUCCCAUCUUCGGAGCGCUGCUGGCAAAUACGGGCUCUUAUGGAUGGCGCUGGGCGUCAUGGCUGUCUGGACUUUUGGGUAUAACAAUCUCCAUGUUCAACUUGAUCUUCCUUAGCGAAACGUAUCUUCCCACGAUCACAUGUGGACAUGCUCGGCACUAUCGUUUGCUAACGAGAAAGUGGUCAUUACACUCUAGCCACGACGAGCUGAGGCUCGACCUGAAAGAAUUAAUUGAGGUGCACCUUGCUCGUCCUUUCAAAUUAUUCUUGACGCCAGUCGUCUUGCUGAUUUCACUUUAUGCAAGCUUCGUAUAUGGUGCCUUAUUUAUUGUCAUCUCGUCUGUUGGUGGAUUGUUUCAUCGAACGUAUGACAUGUCGACCAAAGUGUCGUAUUUGCCUCUAAUCGCAAACUUGGUAGGCUUCUCUGCGGGAUGCCUGUUAAACGUGCUGAGCGCGAGACGGUAUGUUCGACUCCAAGAAAAGCUUGGACGACCGCCUGAGCCGGAGGAACGUCUGAUCACAAUGAUGUACGUGGGGUGGGUAAUGCCAGCCGGAACUUUCCUUUUUGCCUGGACCAUGAAUCGCAACAUUCAUUGGAUGGUGCCAGCCAUAGGCGUUUUCUUCAAUGGCCUAGGGCUGGCAUGCAUUUUCCAAGGAUGCCUUGUAUACACUGUUGAUGCCUUCACCAAGUAUGCAGCUAGCAGCAUUGCAGCGAACGCUUUUUUGCGAAACGUUUUCGCUGGCGUUUUCCCUCUGUUUGCCCGGAUCAUGUUUGAUAAACUCGGCGCAGGAUGGGGAGGCUCGAUCAUUGGCUGCAUAGGUGUAGUUAUGCUACCUAUUCCGUGGAUUUUCUUCCACUACGGAGCACGUUUACGGAGGAUUACACCCUUCAAAGAUAGUAUGGGUUUAUAG